AUGCUAGUGCAGUAUGCGAUAAGCGGACUGCUGGUGAUAGUGGCACAAUGCAUUCGAGAAAUCAAUGGCGAGUAUCAAACCAGCCUUACCUUUAACGAAAUCUUGCCCGAAGACCCCAAACUGUACGAUAAGAUGCGACCACCGAAAAAGGAUGGCCAGCCGACGAGCGUCGCGUUCCACGUGACCGUGAUGGGGUUGGAUUCGAUCGACGAAAACUCGAUGACCUAUGCGGCCGACAUCUUUUUCGCGCAGACGUGGAAAGAUCAUCGGCUACGAUUGCCGGAAAACAUGACGUCCGAGUAUCGGUUGCUGGAGGUGGACUGGUUGAAGAAUAUGUGGCGCCCGGAUUCGUUCUUCAAGAAUGCAAAAUCCGUCACGUUCCAGACGAUGACCAUCCCGAACCACUACAUGUGGCUGUACAAGGACAAAACGAUCCUGUACAUGGUAAAGCUGACGCUGAAGCUGUCCUGUGCGAUGAACUUUCUGAUCUAUCCGCACGACACGCAGGAGUGUAAGCUGCAGAUGGAGAGUUUGUCCCACACGACCGACGACAUGGUUUUCCAGUGGGACGAGGAGGUACCGUUGGUUGUGGACGAGCAUAUCGAGCUGCCACAGUUGGCGUUGGUGAAGAACUAUACAGCCGAUUGCACCCAGGUCUAUUCGACUGGUAACUUCACCUGUCUCGAGGUGGUGUUUGUGUUGAAGCGACGUCUCGGGUAUUACCUAUUCCACACCUACAUUCCGACCUGCUUGAUCGUCAUUAUGUCGUGGGUUUCGUUCUGGAUUAAACCGGAAGCUGCUCCGGCCCGCGUAACACUCGGCGUAACAUCCCUGCUCACACUCAGCACCCAGCACGCUAAAUCGCAAGCAUCUUUACCGCCGGUGUCCUACCUUAAAGCGGUCGAUGCGUUCAUGUCCGUCUGCACCGUGUUCGUGUUUAUGGCACUGAUGGAGUACUGUCUGGUAAACAUUGUGCUGGGUGAUUCCGAUCCUCCCACACCGAAACCUCAUCCACCCAAGAUGGACAAGUUUUUCGAUUUUACCGCCAAAAAUGGGAAACGCAACAGUAAGUCGCACGAGCAUACGCACGAGAUCCCGAUCACCACGUUUCAGCGGCAGGAAAGCACACUGCUGCUAUCACCGGUGCCGCACAUCCAAACGAUUCCACCACCACCGAGUAAACCGGCCUCGGCCAUACCGAAGCUAACGCCAGCCCAGAUGCGGCUCAAGCGUGCGAUCAACAUCGAUCGGUUUUCGCGCAUAUUUUUCCCAUUUCUGUUUACGCUACUUAACGUCACGUACUGGAUCAUGUUCUACGAGUAUAUUUAAACACGUGCAAUGGUUAGUAGGCUAUGAAGUAGUAG